AUGGGAACAGUUUAUUUGAAGGUAUUUGCAACUACAGCACUGUGUCAGGUGCCUAUCGAGACAUUGAUUUCACUGUUUACCAUCAAAUAUUGUAAUUCAAGUGUACGAAUAAUGCUAGUUAAAGACAGUAACUCUUCAGGAGAAAACUCAUUUUUAGUAAAUGUUUCUAUAUUUGAGUGUGAAUUUAUAGAGUACAGUGAAAUGUCAGAAAUAGCAAGUGGUUGUGAACUUCCCAAUUUAGAAGAAAGUGAUAGUAAUUGCAUAGCAGGACUAUGUGCAACGUUGAGAGGUAUAAUUAAAAAAGUUUUAAUAGAAAACCCAGAACAUUAUUGCAGAGACCUUUUAGGUUUCAAAGAAUCCUGUUUGUUGGCUUGUUCCGAAGCAAGUGUUUGGACCAGAUUUUGCGAGAUAGAUAUCAUAUCAAUGCUCAGAACAAUAGUUCAAGACAGCAUCUUGCCUGUGGCAUUAGUCAGAUUUGAACAUCACAUGACACAACCAAUGAGAGUACACAAUAUAUACAAGUAUACAAUGUCGAAAAAAAUUGCUGGCAAUGUAGUGACACAAAAUCGAGCUGAUCUUCCUGAACAUACAUUUGCAGAAGGCAUGAUUCUUUCUUUAGCAGAUAUUAUUGUAUUUGUGUGUAUUCAUAUGCUAUUCAACUUUAUUGACAAGAAACAAGUUCAUGAAUUGAUUCCAUUAACACUCAAAUGGUAUAAUAACUUGCUUACUAAAGAACAUAUUUUGAGGAGCUUAAAUGUGUUUUGCAUUGAAGAACUGACCAGCAGAAAUGUGAUAUGCAACUACAGCCUUCCUGUAGUCGAAAAUCAAAGUUUAUAUAAGAGUGAUCCAAAGAGAUAUAAGCCUAGAAAUCGAAUUUAUACUCGUCAAGAGGAUAUAGAUAGUUCUCUAGACAAAGUCAAAAGUAUCGAGUUGAAAGUGAUGUUGGAUAAGCCAUUUGUUGAUGAGGAAGAUUUUGACUGGGAUAGUGUACCUCAAGAUGCUACUCCAGUUAAAGAUUUGCCGAGCAAUAGACUUCAAAGAAAAUUCCAACAAUUAGAAAGUCUAUGCAAACCAAUCUUAAAAUUAGCCAAAACUGGGGAUACAAUUGUUGAUUUUUGUUCUGGGGGUGGUCAUUUAGGAAUUCUCUUGGCUUAUCUACUGCCCAAGUGUAAUUUAAUUUUGUUAGAAAAUAAAGCUGAAUCAAUGAAUAGAGCAAAAACGAGAGUAGCCAGAUUAUCCUUGAGAAAUGUUAAAUUUUAUCAAAGUAAUUUGGAUUAUUUCAAAGGGCAUUUCGACAUAGGUACGUGUUUGCAUGCUUGUGGCGUGGCUACCGACUUGGUACUUCAGCAGUGCAUCGACAAAAAUGCUGCCUUUGUUUGCUGUCCGUGUUGUUAUGGAUCAGUUCAAGAUUGCCACCGCAUUGUUUAUCCGCGAAGUCGAGUGCUGACAGAAGUGUUAGAUAAAAGGAGUUAUCUGGUAUUGGGACAUGCAGCUGAUCAAACCCACGAUGUGGAGAACGUUAAAACGAAACAAGGCUACGAGUGCAUGACAAUCAUUGACACUGACAGGAAAAUGCAAGCUGCCGAGCACGGCUAUCAGGUUUAUUUGAAUAAACUUACACCAGACUCUUGCUCUCCAAAAAAUCACCUGCUCAUUGGCUUGCCUACAGUAAUGAAAUCUUCAUAAUGAUUUUAUUAAAUAGCUUGUAAUAAUUGUUUUUAAAAUA